CUCCGGCGUGUGCAAAAACAAAAGCGGUGAAGAAGCGACAUGAAGUUUGGCCGUUCUGACUUCCCGUCGUCACUCUGCUUUGUCUGAUUGAUGUCGCUUCUCUAAAAACAGACAGAAAGUGUUCAAACACUUCGACUAAACUCACCGGCAGAGACCGAGAAGAACGGGGUGCUGCGGAGAGGACGAGUGUCAUGUUUGGGACGCUUUGAAUCCACUGACAACAGGGUCUCCUCUAUCAUCAUGAAGCAGUGAUGGCAGAGCUGGAGAUUGACCAGUCGCACCUUCCACGUGUGCAAGAAGUGUGCCAGUCUUUUUCUGUGCUGGAGGAUGGCGUGUUGGCGCAUAACCUGCAGGAGCAGGAGAUCGAGCAAUACUACACCACCAACAUCCAGAAGAACCAGCUCGUGCAGAAUGACAUCCGCAUGGCCAAGAGGUUGCAGGAUGAGGAGCAGCAACGAGCCCAGCAGAGCGUCCUCCACAGACAGGCUUCCAGACAAAUAGAGGAGCAGGACUUUGAGUACGCCCGUGUAAUUCAGGAGGAGAUCCAGCGGUGUGAUGAGGAGGCCUGGAGGAGGGAGCAGGACGAUGAGGAAAUAGCUAAAAGAAUGCAGGAAGAGGAGGAGCAAAGGAUCAGGAGGAGCAGCAGAGAGCUGGAAGGUCACAGUGAAAGCACAGGCAACGCCAGUGGUUCUCCUCAACAAGGAGAGGAACAGUUCUCUUCUACAUCCACCAGGGGGCAAUAUGGUACCUCUCACAGCUAUUCAGAAACGCCACCUCAGAGAACCACAGCUAAAGGACACAGAGGUUCUACUGGGCACACAGAGAGUGAAGUGAGCGAGUGCUUGAGUGAUGACUCGGAGGACUUGGAAACAGUUCUCCGUGAGGAGCUCUCUGUCUGGUCCCAGAGACACACUGAAAGACACAACACUGCUCCUCUGCGACGGCAGAUGUCUCUACAUCAUCCACAAGAGAGAAACUACAGAAGUCUUUGCUCUCAUCAUAGUUUCCCAGAGGAGCUCCGAGGUUGGGAGGAGGAGAGAGUUGGAAGAGAGUGGGAUGAGGUCUAUUGUGAAAAUGGUGACCCAGAGAGGAGGAGGGCUAGGAAUCGGUAUGAGGACAGGAACCAUAGACAGGAAUAUGAUGGUUGGCAUAGAAACAGAAGUCAGCAUAGUGACUCUCGGGCAGCAGACGUAGGAGAGAGACGAUGUUCUCGCAGUGAAUCCGUUAGCCUGCAUGACAGGCAUAGACAAUAUGACAGAGACUUGGCACAGACCUGGACAUUCAAGGACAACAUUGACAAACAUGUCCGAUUUCAGGAUGAUGGCAGGAGCUCUAAUAGUCACCAGGAUGAUUGCAGAGUGUGGGAAAUGCUUGGCCAGGUUCUCAAAGAGAGAGGUGUGCCUGUAAGGUUUGGAGCACACGGGGCACCGCUGCAAAUAAGACCUCAAAGCAGAGACGGGAGUGAGGUCUCCUGGGGUGAACCCCAACCACACCAGAGGUCUUUCCAGAGAGCGUCAACAACGAGACACAGUUUCCAUGGCGAUAUCAGGGAGAGAAGGCGAUCGUCAUACCGAGACAACCGUGAGCUGGAUCACAGAGCAGAUGCAGACAGGCGCCACAAUAACAUGCAGGAUAACGGCUUUGAGGUUCGUAGUCUGGAUUGGGAUCUGACUAACGGAGAAAGAAGAGGCAGUAGGGAAUGGCGAGGGCACAGAUAUGCGCAUGAUGAAAAGGAGAGACUCGCAGAUCAUCGCAGGGUCAGGAGGGCAACAAGUGACCUAUGGGAUUGGCAGGAGACAACAGAAGAGAAGUUCAACUCAGAGGUGAAGACAAGAGAGCGAAUCCAUCACAGAGUCCCGCUGCGUAGCCAAACCUUCAGCAGCCACAGGGCUACAGCCGGUGAUAGGUCAAGGCACGCGAUGGCAGGAGCGCUGCUGCAGCCGGAGGUGAACAGGGCAAGUUUGGACAUGGGGGAGCUGCAGCAGGUCCUGCAGGAUGAGGAACUGGCCCGUAAACUGCAGGAAGAAGAGGAAAGCCUGCUAAGGAGGAGCUCCCAGUCCUCUCCGACCAGCUCUUACCCCCCUGGAGACUUCCGAGUAGCACAAGUGGCACAGGAUGAGGAAAUUGCGCGCUUCAUGCAGAAGCAAGAGAUAAAGUCAAAGCGUCGAUCUCGUGAGCUGGAAGGGCCGGCGUCGUGGCGUGAGCACCGAGCAAUGAUCAGUCAUCAUGAAAGAAGAGCCGCCAGAGAGAGACAGAUCCAGCGGGAGAGACUAGACUCUGAGGGCCUUCCUUCCCCCUCUGACGACUUUCCCCCAGAGAAUCUGCCGCCCAGCCCCGUCUGCACGACACCACCGGCCCAACAGAUCAGAAACAUCGCAGAGGAGCUCGACCCAACUUUCCAGGCAAGGAGACAAGGUACCGACAGCCUCCAAAUGGGACAGCCAGGCCCAACCUGUCAGCCACUUCCUGUGCCACCUUCUGAUGUACACGACUUUCUCGAGCCCACUUUCGUCCCACCCACAAAGCGGCAAAGUGAGAAAGCAGGACGCACUAAAACCAAAGAGAAGAAGGAGGCAUGCAAACAACAGUAACGUCCAACUUUGGUGAUGAGUGCAGAAAUAUCGACUGUAUAUAACGCUGUUAGUUCAGGAAUGCAGUUAUUUAUUUGUUGCUUUAGGUCGAAAAUGACAAUUAUGUUCUCAACAGUUUCCUAAAGAGCACUUUAGCACAAACACAACAGGGAGUGGAAUUUGUGAGUUUUUUGGGAUCAUGUUUGUAAUCCCCACCUUCAACCUUCCAAGCGGGAACUGACAUUUAUUUAAAUUUUUAGUUGUUUUAUGUUGUACCUUUUUAUAUAAAUAUAUAUAUAAUAUAUAUAUUUUCUGCAUUGCUAAGCACAGCACUAC